AUGACUUCCCACAGCCUCAUUAUCGAGCUGUCUGCUCUACAGAACUCGGCCCUCAUCUUCGCGGGCGUAUACUUACAUGAACAGGUCGUGCACGCUCCUUUCGACUGGCGGCUUCUGAUGCUGCAGAGAAGGCGGCGGCGGCCAGCGGCGGCCCGUAUGGCUGUAUGGGUGUACUUGGCGUGUCGAAUCCUACUCGUGGUCUUCACUGUGUGCGGAAUCAUUGCAGCUAUCCCUACCAUCCACCAAGACUGCCGUACUGUCUACAAGUUCAUCAGCGCAUCUGGGUUUCUCGGCAUCAUCUGCUCGUCAUCGCUUCUGUCCAUACGAGUAGGUGCGGUCUGGAAGUGGGAUAAGCGUGUGUUGACUGCGCUGGCACUGAACUGCUUGGCCACUCUUGCGCUCGCUAUCUAUCUUGUGGUGAAGAUCGACUCCACAUACGAUCCUACCCUACACAUAUGCACCUUGAACGGGGUACGAACCGAUCUGUACCCGUCAGUAGCAUCUUUCGUAGGAGACUGCACUCCACUCGCGCUGCUUCUUGUGGGACUACGAAGGAACUGGAAGGAUGCUCGUCAGUUUCACGUAUGGCAUACCCUCUGGAAUCAGGGGCUCAUCUACCUGUGUCUCGCCAUCGCGGUUGAGGUGCCAUUGAUCGUGUUGUUGAUCUUGAAUAUCAAUCCUAUCCUGAACACGAUUCUCGUCACUCCCGAAGUUGUUAUCCUAGCCAUAGGAGCUACGCGCAUGUACAGGUACCUCAACGCGACUUCUCGCGGACAAAGCAUACACACCGAGCACUUUACGAAUGGAACAUCGCACGACGCCUUCUCGCGCACCGAGUUUCAGCUGAAAAUAUUACGCCAUACGGAGAGGGUUCAGCGGACCGAUUCUUGA